AUGAUGGCAAUGAGAUCCGAAAUCAGCCAACAAGGCGUACAACUGAACGUCUUGAAUGAUGGAUUUCGACAGCAAUUCAUGUCGCCAUUGGAAGACGCAGGCAGCGAUUUGGCAACAAGAAGCAUCCUGGAUCCCACUUACAGAAGCCAGGGCCAGAGCUUCUCCUGUGGAGAGAUACAACGCAAUGCUCCAGCAUUUGCACAAACUAUGCAAUGGGGCAUCUGUACACGAUUUGACACCAGGACAGCUCAAAUCGCGCAGGAAGAAGCUCCACCGCACAGCAAAGAGGGUCUUGGAGGCUAUACUGAUGAUGCAUCCGAAUAUCCCGCAUUGGAAUGCCCUAACAACAUUUCUCAAACACCGAAGUAA